AUGGAGUUCCAGUACCGUGCCAUCGACGAGCGCCGAAGCCGAUCCCCGCCGCCGCCAGCGGCGCCAAGUACUCCUGGCUCCACAUCGGCAGACAGCCAUCGGGGCGACAGUUCGGUAGAGCGCUUGGGGAAUUCGGCCGCGGCGGUGGCUGACGCUGACGAGCUGCGGCGGCGGCAAGCAGAGAAGCCGAGGAUCAGGGAGCGGAUCCUCAGGGAGGAAGCGGAGCACUGGGAGCUAGAGAUGGAGGUGCGCAGCGAGUUAAGGGAGGAGAUGCUGCAUCGGUCAUGGCCCGCGCUCGGGCGAUCGGCGAGGGGAUCCGACACGCCGGCCGUGUUGUCAACCGGAAUGAUUACCGCCGCCAACUCAUCGCUGCCUGUUGUUGCUCUUGAGGCCCACCCAAAAUCAAACGCACUAGCAACCGCGCCGACCAAGCGGAAGAGCCCUGAAUCGUGCCACCGGAGCAUUGUUGGUUCCAAGCAGCAAGAAGCAGAAGAGCACAUUAACCUGCAUGACCACCUCAAUGGGAAGGCUCACAAGAGGAAGGUGGUAGCACUUCCGGAGCUGCCAAAGCUAGCGCCAGAGACAGAGCAGGAGAGAGGGCUCGAGGCAGGGAAGGAAGAGGCAAUGGCAAUGGAGACAUUGGGAGAUUACAAACCGACGAGGUUCAUGAUGGCGAUGGCCGCAGGAGAGCUGAACGAAGUGACACAGAUCGACGGGUACCUCCUCUGUGAAUUGUGCAAUGUGCCGACAGCAGACCGUGUUACCAUGAUGUGCCACCUACAGGGGAGCAAACACAUAUCUAAUGGCCAGAAGAAGCGUCAACCCUCCAGCAAGCCAUCGAGUGAGGUGGAGGGUACAGUUAGUGCUGCCACUUCAGCUAUUGGCAGUGCUGAUCCUAAAAAGCUGGCUCUGGAGGAUUUCAGUGUGCCGCUGCCACACACCGUGCGGCCGCUGCCACACACCGUGCGGCUCUUGGAAGGAUUUCUGCUCUGCGAGCUGUGUGAUGUGAAGAAUCCAUCGAUGAAUGGCAUGCGUCAACACUUGUCAGGGAAGAAGCACAAGAAUAAGGCGAACGCCAGCUCUGAUGCCUCUGUCAACGUGUCCACAGGUGGAAAGGAAGCAGCCAAAGCGCAGCUGAUAGACACAGACACGGUUGUCAUCUCUGACAUGGCAGCAAAGGUGGAAGCCCCAUUGGAGAAGUCCUUGCAACCAAAGCUUGGUGAUGAUAGUGAGUUGCAAGAAACGACUGUGGCACCACCAAAGGAAGACGUCGCCAUUGGGGACAGUGCUAAGUCUGCUGGAACGGAAAUGAUGAAAAGCAAUGCAACUUCUGCUGGAGCUCAGCUCAAUAAUGUCUCUGAUUCUGACUCGCUGACCAUGGAAGUAGACAGCGUGAUGCACGCCCUCUCCCGGGUGGAUGGCUUCCUCAUCUGCCUGAGCUGCAACUUCUGUGUCAUCAACAUCGCCUCUGGUUUGUAG